AAGGUGGCGUUGGAGGCAUCCAGGCGGGUCCACGGGGCAGACUGGAAGAGGGUGCAUUCCAGGUGGGCAAAGUUCGGGGGUCUAUUCUAGGAGGCUGGGCAAGGGAUCCCUGGCUGAGGGUAGAGAUCUCUGGCCCCAUCCCUCACUUGGUUCCCUGACCUAGUCUAACCCCUCUAGGCCUGGUUCUGCCUCUCACCUGCCAUCCUACCAGGUCCCGCCUCACCUGCUCUACCCAGGGUCGGCUUAGGCUUGUGCCCCCGGUUCAUCGCAACGUCUCGCCCCUUGGGAGGAGCGGAUGGAAGUGCCAGGGGAGAAAACCGUCGGUCGGGGCCGUGGACUAUGUGACGUCACAAUACGGCGGACCGGGAGACACCAGUGUUGUAACGUCACCAGGGAGGGCGGUGCCCGGAGGAAAAGCGGCCGCCCCGCUGACGUCAGGCUCCGUAGCGGGCAGGCGCUAGUGCGCAGACUCCAGAAACCAGCCCAAGCGCUUGGUCCGUAAGAUGCAGCCGAUUCCUCCCGGCGUGCUUUGCGGCGCUCGACUCACUCACGCCCGUUGGCUGGUGGAAAGAAGCCAAGAUGGCGGCGGCCGGAGCCGGUACUACUAGGCUGCUCCUGCUCUUACUGAUGGCGGCCGCAGCCCCCAGCCGGGCACGGGGCAGUGGUUGCCGGUCCGGGGCCGCUGUGCGGGGGGCAGGGGCUGAAGGUCGAGAGGGUGAAGGCUGCGGCACUGUGGGGCUGCUGCUGGAACACUCAUUUGAGAUCGGUGAGUCCAGCAACAUCCUUGCCUGGACACUUAUCCAGACAGCCCAGUGAAGUCGGGAACUCAGGUCUGGGUGGUGUGCAGUU